CAACAACCAUGAAACUCACAAUUUUCCUGUUGGCCAUCUUCGGUUGCGUUUUGGCUGAGGAGAAGAAACAAGAGAAAAGAGGUUUGCUGGGUUUGGGAUACGGAGGUCUGGGACACGGUGGAAUUGGAAUUGCUGAACCGAUCCACGUUUCUGCGCCGAUCAGCAUCGGUUACGGAGGAGGAAUCGGCCAUGGUUACGGAGGAGGAAUCGGGCACGGUCUCGGAGGAUUAGAUUUAGGAUUAGGACAUGGAUUAGGGCACGGAUUAGGUUUGGGAUACGGAGGAAUAGGCCUUGCAGGACCUGUAAUUAAAACAGUCGCUCCAGCUCCGAUCUACACGAAGGCAAUCGCAGCUCCGAUCAUAACCAAGAGUAUCGUCUCAGCUCCGAUUGCCUACGACGUCGGUUACGGAGGAGGACACUUAGGAGGAGGAGGCAUUGGAUACGGCGGCAUCGGCUAUGGAAAAUACCUCCACUGAAGACUACGGCGAUGACGAAGAUGAUG